CGAGAUAACCUCAAAAUUUCGACAUUACGUUCAGCACAGAAUAUCUUUUCUAGUGAUAAAAUAAUACACUAAAAGAAAUAUUAUUGUGGACUUGUGCUUUUUCGUAAUAAUUUGUAUUAAACGGUAUGUGGGCGUGAUUGCCGAAUUUGGAAUUGAAUUUUCGUCAUAUUCAGUCGCGUGUGUUGGAAUUUUGUGACGCCCGUGCCAUUGAAAGUAGAAAACAUGUUGCGUGAUCAUUUAUCGCAAGAUAUUUUAUGAUAGUGUGUUCACGAGGUUGUUUAAAUGUUUCCGAAGGCGAUCACUGUUAAAUAGAAAUGAACCAAGUGACAACAGACGACAGCAUGAGUGACGACGUGUUCGAAGAGGACACGCUGCGUGCCCCUGCGCCCCGCAGCACCCCCUCCCCUACUGGUUACCCGGACUACCGGCCCCCUACUGAUAUACCGCGCUCGCUGCUUGAUGAAGACCUACCUAUUCACAAGACGAUCUUGUUGGGCGAUAGCGGCGUCGGCAAGACUUCCCUACUCGUGCAGUUUGAGACGGGUAAAUUCCAGCCGGGUAACUUCUCUGCAACCGUCGGCAUUGGAUUUACGAACAAGGUAGUGACGGUGGACGGCGUCAAAGUGAAGCUUCAGAUUUGGGACACGGCGGGCCAGGAGCGCUUCCGUAGCGUUACUCAUGCGUACUACCGAGAUGCACAUGCUCUGUUACUUCUGUACGAUGUGACCAACAAGACGAGUUUCGACAACAUACGGGCGUGGCUGGGCGAGAUAAGAGAAUAUGCACAGGACGAUGUUGUCAUCAUGCUUCUGGGGAACAAAUCGGACAGCGGCCUAGAGAGGGCAGUGCGGCGGGAGGAGGGGCAGCGGCUAGCGCGAGAAUAUCAAGUCGCAUUUAUGGAGACGUCAGCUAAAACCGGACUGAACGUGGAAGCGGCGUUCGGCCAUGUGGCACGAGCUCUCGUCGCGAAAGCGAACCCCGUCGACCCAGCACGCCUGGCGGUGCGCGCGCAGCCGUCGCAAGAAGAACAAAGGUCUUCGUGCCCGCCAUGUUCCUAAACUGAUAUGCACGUUUUCCCGCCACUUUUUGAAUUUGGAACGCCAGCGAUUCGAAGUGGACCAAACUCGCAUCUAUUAUUUCCGGCAUGUGUAUAUUUUAAAUGUGUAUAUUAUUAAAGAUCUUGAAAAACUUAUUUCAUCGUGUUCUACUAAGUACUGUUUUAAACUUAGGUCACACUUGGGAUUUAUCUAUGUUACCCAAGAACACCAUUUACGUAUCUGCACAACUUUGCCUCAAGCGUUUGUAUGUAUUUUUAUGAGUAUUUAUUGCAAAGGAUUUGAUCGUACGAUGCUUAAUAGCUAAUUUUU